AUGCCCCUCCACCACAUCCAACCGCAGCACCCUCGGAUUGGAAGCCCCGAGCGCCGCAGCAUCCGCGCCGACGCCGCGAACGAGAUAGAAGCGAAAUACGUGCAGCACCUGGACGGCGUCGACGAACUCGUUGUACGCGUGCACGGCGCCGCCGCGGUAUUCCACCCCGAAGCGGUCGCGCCAUCACCACCCGCGGCCGGCAAGGUCAAAGUCGUCCUGCUUAUUACCCCCCUGGCGAUGCUGGCGUCCCAGGAGGAGAGAAGCCGGCCGCCGAGAUGGUUAGGGUCCGAGUCGGAGCUGUCACCCCGCAUCCGGGACGACGACCGAGCCGAACAGGUGGGCUGCGAUCUGGGGGAUCAGGCGGCGGAUAAGGGGCUGGACAUGAGUGUCGCGGAAGGCCUCGGGAGUGGUGGUGUCGUUGUCGUUGUCGUUGUCGUUGUCGUUGUCGUUGUCGUUGUCGUUGUCGUUGUCGUUGUCGUUGUCGUUCUUGUCGUCAAGGAUGUAGGGAGGCGCGGGCAGUUGCGGGUCAAGGCGGUAAGGGAGUGGGAUGGGGAUGUUGAUCUCCAGGACGCAGCGUGUGGUGGCGUCAAUUUGGAGGGCGACGGGCUGUAG